AUGGCUUUGAUUUUACCUGCUUCCAAUAAAGCCAUGAGAUCUGACAGGAAUACAUACAUUGACUCAGGGCUGAUCUUCCUCACACACACACAAAAAAAUCCUUACCUGGAUUCUAUGGAUAAAGACAUUCUCUAUCAUUUGGAUUUAGGAACAAAAACACACAGAAUACCACCAAUGUCUGGGGAUGUAAUGUUUGUCUGCAUUUUUGGGAGCCCCAAGAGAAUGAAAGCGUUUGCACUGUUUACGCACAAGGAGCUUGGGUUGGAGGAAAGUGUAGAGGACAUAAGGGACAUCUGUGCUCUGUAUCUACACCCUGGUCCCACGCUCUCCAUCAGACAUGGCAUGAGCAUCCCCUCCAUUUCUAUUAUGCUUCAUGCACUCAUCAAAUUACUGUACCAUGAGUGCUGUGAUGUUACCAUGGUCAGAAUUGGUACAUCAGGGGGUGUUGGGAUUGCACGGGGGUCUGCUGUAAUAAUGGAUACAGUCAUAGACCUUCUUUCAGCCGCAUUUGAACAGGUACUUGGUAACAUCGUCAUUUGAAGUACUGAACUUGACAAGGAACUGGCUGAGGAACUAUUCAACUGAAACAAAGAAAUUCCCAACGUCCCAACCCUCGUUGGACAUACAAAUACUUAUGAUUUUUAUAAAGGCCUUGGUCAACUAGAUGGAGUGCUGUGCUCCUUUUACAGAGAAAAGUUAGAUUAUUUGAAGGGAGCGUAGAAAGCCAGUGUCAGGCAUAUUGAAACAGAAUCUACAGUGCUUGUGGCCAUGUGUAGACUUUGUGGUCUAAAGGCCACCAUAGUCUGUGUGACACUUCUCGACAGACUUGAAUGUGACAAGAUCAAUGUGCCCCAUGAUGUUCUGGUAAAGUACUAGCAACAGCUUCAGUCUAUCUCCAACUUCAUCAAACAGUGGCUUGGACUUCAUGACCAGACAUCAGAACUGGGCAGCCCCAUCUUUUCCUGCAAGUUUGUAGUUCAAGUUGGAAUGUUGAAGUCAUGUAUUUUUUGUGGCACGUUCAUGUACAGUCCUGUGCCACAUAAUGAUGUUUCAGUCAACAGCAGACCACAUGUAGAAUGA